GUUCUUUGUAUGUCACCAAAAUGUCACAUUCAUUGUCAAUAACAAAAAGAAAAUGUUGAGUUUAAGGUUAGAAAGUUCGGUAAUAUUUGUAUUUAGAACCUAACCACAUGUAAUUAUCUCCACGUCAGAUUCUUUCGACAGGACUAAUCCAAUAAUAAGUUAUUAUACAGAGUAAAAGAAAGGGAUGUUGAAGAGACAAAUAAUAAAUAACUCAAGUAAUUGUCUAAAUUUACACUCUUUUUUGUUAUGUUUGGUGGUGUCUCUCCUCUCUCUCUAGCUCUUGUGAUGAGUUUGCCAAGUUGGGAAAAUUGUAAUAGAGACAAUUACAGAAGUACUAAAAUUUAAGAGGCUGCAAAAAGACAAGUCCAACAUAUUCCACACACUUAGAGAAUGUGGUGUCUCUAUUUGACUCCUCUCCCUAAAUCACUCUCUAUUUAUGUAUGCAUCUCUUCAAUCCACACACCUAUAUCUCUCUUAACACACACAAACAUAUUUAUAUAUAUGCAAUCUUGAUCAUCUCCGUCUUCAAAUUCAAUUCUCUCUAGUUCAUCUUCUCUGUUUGUUUCUUGAAACUCUCUAUAUCAGCCCAAUGGAAACAGCCGAGGAGGCGAUAUCGGCAGCUAAGGCGCAAGCCUUGAUCAUUAAAGGGAAGAGGACUAAGAGGCAGCGUCCUCAGUCCCCAAUCCCUUUCUCUAUUGUCCCUCCUAUGUCUUCUCAAGAACCGGAUACCCAAGAAGAGUCCACUAGUCUUGUUGCCAAGGAGAAGAGUCUCAAUGAUGAGAUCAACUACAACAAUAAUAAGAAUGAUAACAACAUUUUGAGCAUUGGUGUGACAUCUUCAUCUUCAACUUCUUCAUCUUUCAACAAUGCGACAUUAAAGGCCGCGGCUGACGAAGAAGAUCAAGAUAUGGCUAACUGUUUGAUCCUCCUUGCCCAAGGACACUCUCUUCCACACCAACAACCACAAACAAGACAACUUAUGGUAAGUUACCAAGAAUCCGGUAACAACAACAACAAUGCUUAUAGAUCUAGCAGCAGGAGAUUUCUAGAGACAUCUUCAUCAAACGGGACCACUACAAGUGGAGGCAGAGCUGGUUACUAUGUUUACCAAUGCAAAACAUGUGACCGGACUUUUCCUUCUUUCCAAGCUCUUGGUGGCCAUAGAGCCAGCCACAAGAAGCCUAAAGCCGCUCCGGGUCUUCAUGACCUCAAGAAGUCUAUCUACAACGACGCCGUUUCUCAUCAUCUCAACAACGUCCUCACCACAACUCCUAACAACAAUAAUAACCAUAGAUCGCUUGUGGUGCACGGUAAAGCGAAUAACAAUAAAGUCCACGAAUGUGGAAUAUGUGGAGCCGAGUUCACGUCCGGACAAGCCUUAGGUGGUCACAUGAGACGCCAUAGAGGCGCAGGGGUAGCAGCCACAGCCACCCCAACCGCGACAUUAGCACUUCCGGCCAGUGCGGCUACCGCAAACACGGUUUUGUCAUUGUCGCCUAUGUCGUUCGAUCAGUUGUCUGACGGUCCGGUUUAUCCGGUUCAGGCUCCGGUUAAGAGAGCUAGGAGUGCGGUUGUGUCGUUGGAUUUAGAUCUGAAUCUACCAGCCCCGGAAGAUGAGAACCGGGUCAACGGAUUAAGUGUUGCUUCAAAGCAAGAACAUGGACAUGAACAAACACAAGGGAGAGAAGAACAAAAGUCUAUUGUUUUGUCUUCUGCUCCUACAUUGGUGGAUUGCUAUUACUGAAUCAAAAUUCAAUGCCAAAAUUCAUUUUUACUUCUUUUUUUUUAAAUACGUAGAAAUUGAUGAACCAUUUUUAAAAAAUUACUGAAUUCCUUGCUUGUACAAAGACUUGCAAGAUUCUUUUUCUUCUUUUGUUUACUUCAUUUCAAAAUAUAUUACAACCACAAUACUGUUCUUUGUCUUAGUAGUCCAGAUCUGCAGAUGCUAUGUAAUUACAUCCAAGUUAAUGUAAGACAUUUUGGCCACUCAACACAAAAAUAGGAAAAAAUAUAUCAAGGAAAGUUAUUAAUUUAUUAUUAUGACUAGACUUUUUUGAAACUUUUAUCAAGAGUAGACAUAAUGUAAUGGUAUCUACAAAUAUAUCUAUAUGCAUAUAUGUUUAGGGCGAAAAUAAAUUAUUUGCAUAAUUCUUUAUAUAAAGUCUUCAUUUUUUGUAUUUUUUUUUGUUUGUCAGCAGUCUUCAUAUUUGUAUAGUUUUACAAAUUAACGCAAAUUCUUCUAUAACGGGGUUAUGAUUUCCAAAAUACCACAUUCCUAGUUAUAUUUUUCAAUAUAAAACGCACAAAAAGUUACUUAAGUGUUAUAUGUUUUUAAUAAUUAUAACCAGUAAAAAACUGAUAAUAAAUGCUAGAUAAUUCAAUAGUGUUUUAGGACCAAUUCUAUUAUUUCAAAUUUAAUGAAAAAUAAAUUUCCAAAGAUGAUCCUGAAAUUUGUAAAAGUUAUCAUUUUCUUUUAGUUAUAUUGUCCAUUGAACAAUAGUUAGAAUUUCAUGUCACAUUUUAAAAAUUAAUUUAACUGUUACGUAUAAAUUAUGAGAACAAGCACGUAUAAUUUGAAAAAUGUAUUUUUUGGAGAAAAAAUAAGAAGAAGUUCAGAAUGUGUUAGCCUUGAUCGAGCCUCUUCUCCGGGAAUACAGUCUUUAUCGCUAAUUCUCUAGGUGGAUGCUUAGAAGUUGAAGUUUGGAGAAUUACCUAUUAUCGUUUACUUCCAUGUUUUUAUUUUUUUUUUGCCGUGGAAUCAAUUAUCCUAGGUUCUACAAUUUGUUAACAACACUCUUGUAAAACUUUUUGUUCAUUUUAUGAAAUGAUAUUUACAUUCUUAGCAAAAAAAAAAAAAAAAAGUUCAGACCCUUUUAAGAAACAAAAGUAAACUAAACUUUUGUUCGAAAAAGAAAUAAAAGUUCAUGAAAAGGGCGUGACGGGUCCUAACUCCUAAUACGUCUGUUAGAAUACUUGUUCAUGCUGACUGUUGACAUUAAAAUUCUAGGUGGAGAGUGAAAGUUCAAACUGCAGUACACUAUGCCAUUCAUGCUUUUAUUUUGUUUGUUAAGUCAAACUCAACCUUGUCCAAUCCAAAGAAAUAGUGGGCUUUAAAACUUAUAUUCUAAAGUCAGAAGAAAUUAGGCCCAUAAUAAUACUAAUAAGAAAUCAAGAUGAGGCUGAAAAAGUUGUGUUAGCGUUUGGUCCUUUUGGGGACAGUGGUGUCAGUUAGCUGACAAUCUACACUAAAAUAAGAUAGAUACAUUGACCAAAAAAAAUUCUUUCGUCUUUGCUUAUAUACAUAUAAAUAUUGUUUACUAGGGUCGGCCCGCCCUACGGGCGGGAUAUAUACAUUACUUGUGAUCUAAGUUAUUAUUUUUUGUAUGAUUUCGUGGUUUGCGUUUUAGAUUUGCAUUUGCAAGAGAUAUGUAUGAUACACUACAAAAAAGAUUAUAUUACAUCACAUAAAUAGUAUCAGAAAAGCAAAUGAUAUUAAUUUGAGACACUUAUUAAUAAAUGAUACAAUGUUUUUUAAAGAUCAUUGAUGUUGUUAUUAAUUUAUCUUUGUCUAUAUUAAUAUUUAUUAAGCAAGUGAAGAUCAAUUAAAAGAUAUAUUGAAUUUUCAUAUACAUGUAAAAAUAUGUAGUUUACCCUAAACUAAAAAUAAUUUUAAUUUUACUAUUGCUUAUGAUGCUCUUAUUAGAAAUCAAAGAUUUGAUAAAUUAAUAAAAUGCUUUUAUUUUUUCAUUAAUGUAAUUAUUUUACAUUUUUGGUGUUUGUUAUAUUUUUAUCAAGUAAAAUAAAAAUACUCGACACUACAAUUGAAAUUCAAUACAAAAAUUAUGAACUAUUUUUCAUCUUUAUAUAUUUGUCUUUGAAUGCGUUGGUACUUUUCAUACAUUUUUAAACCUAUUUAUUUAGAUAAUGUAGAAAAUGAAUCAAUUUAUAAUUUGUUUUAUAAAGUUAGUUAAAUAACAUAACAAUCUAAAACUGAUUAUUUAAGUAUACACACAUUUUAUUAAAUUUUAUCAAAUAAACCAUAUCAUCCAAAUCUUUAUCAAAUAAACCAUAUGAAAUGAAGGUCGUACUAAAUGUCCGAUUAAGUAAAACUCAUUCAUUUAAGUAGGAUUUAAAAAAAAUACUAUGAAAUUAAUAAUCCGUUACAGUCUAAUACUAUAACAUAAAGUUAUAAAAAUAGAUUCAAACCAAUAGUUACUUUAAAAUCAUAAUAUGUAGAUUUUGAUGCUACAAAAGAUAAUGUAUUUUUAUGUUAAUAGAAUUUAAACCAAUAUUUUUUUUUGUUAAGUUCAUAAAGAACUUUAUGAAGCAUAUAAACUUUUCUUAGUAAAACUUAGUUAAAUAGUUCGGAUGACCAAUUAGUUUAGAGAUAUAUAUAGAAAAUCGUAGAAUUUAUGGAACUAACUUUACAUCCAUGUUGUUUGUAUUUCUCUUCUCAUUGACAUUGUCCUCUGCUGUUACUUCUCGGAGAGAGUUACGUAAAAGAAAUUGUUCUGUAAUCUUUCUUUAACGCGUGGGUCCUACCCUAGAGGCAAAAAAUCGGUAACAAAAGAUAUGAAUUAAGGAUCGAUAAUUUUUGGGUUAUUGCACUUUACGCGGGUUCCACCGACACGUGACGAUCCGCAAUUGACUCGUUUUUAAUUUUUUUUUUUAUAAAUCAGAUAAGACAAAAAAAAAUUUAGAAACCCAUUUUGGAUUUCACCCGAUAAACAUGGUCUCAGAAGAUAGACACGUAUAAACAUGUUGUUGUACCACAACUCUCAGAAUAUACUAAUUGUUGGAAUAAGCCAAAAGAUAGACGUUGAAGAUUAAAAAUCAGAAAUUUACGUAUAGUUAUACCAACUCUACUAUUUUCCCUUUUGUUAAAAUUCACAAAAAUAUCUUACCAUAAAAAACGUAAUAAUGUAAUCAUUAAUAUUUUUUAUUAAUAUUUUUUAUUGUUUGUCUUUCUCCCUCGUCUUUGUUGUUGACGAACACUACCCAUCAUCUUGUUUACCUUUUGCUCUCCUCCCUAGCAUGUCAAAAAGUGUUUCAAGAGACUGGCUUGACCCACAUUGCCAUGAAACUCAGCUCGAGAAACGACAACAUCUCUAAUACUCUUCCUUUCUUUUUGUCUCUCUUCUUUGUAAACGUUUUGUUCAGUCUAACAGAGUUUUCAAAGAAACAAAACAAUCAUCAUCAUCACAUGUUCUUUGAGCAGAUUAAAUGGAAAAAACAGAGCUCCAUUACAGGUUAAUAGGAAGAAAUUCAGUUUUAUUACACAAAGUGUUUGUAUCAAUCGAAAUAUCUAUACGUUUGUAGAUCAUACACUCAAGCAUAAAAAAAACAGUAAAAGAGCGAGAAUGUGCCAUUACAAAACACAAACAGAAACAUACAAAAGUUCCUAAAAAAACUGUUCACUUCCUUUGCUUUUUGUUGUUGUUAAGUGAUGUGCAUAUAUAACAUAACAAAGAUCCCGAUUCAUCUGAGCUAGAACGAUGUCAGAAGUCGUCAUAGUUCUAGACUCAUCGUAAUCUAGCUUCUCAAACUCUUCCACGAUCCCAGAGAUAUCUGUUUCAUCAAUCUUCCCCAUCUCUUUCAGUUAUACACUAUAAACUCCGCAGCUCUGCAAACACACACACACAAAAAAACAACAACCAUAAGCAUAAGAAGGAAGAAUGAAACAAAUAAGACAGAUAAUGAAAACGUCAUGAUCUCUCUCACCCAACAACUCCAUCUUCAUCAAGAUCAGCAGCCUCAAGAUCACUAUUCGUAAUCCUCCUAGUCAAAACCCAUUUCACCAGCUCCCUCUGCUUGCUCUUGUAGCCUUCUCUCCAGGUGAUAAGGACAUACUCGGGCCGCCCUUUCCUACUACCGGCCAAAAAAAAAAUUUCCACAACACACCAUGUCCACUCUUUCUCUCUCCCCGUCUAUCACCAGCACCCAUGCACAAUUUAGCCACCCUCUCCUUCAUAUUUAUCCUGUGCCGCCUCCCCCUCGCACGCAAUCUCCGCUUCUCCUCCCGUAACAACCGUGUCGUCACAGCCGCGGCGGUUCUCCAUGACGCCUCUCUCUGGACCCCAGCUCCUCUCUCUAAUCGAAUCCGCCGCCGAAUCACUAUUCCAUCCACGUCUGGAUCGAAGAUUAUAACUCCCCUGAUCUCGUGGCUUCCUACACUCGGCUCGGCCAGUACCUCCAGCUCCGUGUUCCCGAUGUCGAGAAGCCCUCGUUCUUGGCGAUCGCUUCCCCUCCUUUGUUCGCGGCUUCUCGCGGAUCUACGGCGGAGAUUCUUUGCGGGUUGAAGAAAAGGAGUAUCCCACAGUUUUGAUUUUCGUCACUGGAUCUGGAAUCCGGUAAAGGAUAAAGUCGAAUCAUUCUGCCGUUGUAUGUCGUAUGACGACGAUUUACGAACGCCAAUUCAUAUUCUCCAGGAUUAGGGUUAGAGACAAACUCCAACUUCUCGGGCCAGAUGAAAAAUCAAAGCCCACACCAAAAAAAAUGAAACGAUGAGUUUCAUUCGAGCAGGACAUGUGUUGCCUCUAUAAUAAAAGAGUUUCCACGUGGACACCUCAGGAGGGAGGCAAACAUUUUUAUAUAUAUAUAGAUUGGAAGAAGAACUAUGAACUGAAAACUGAAAGAAAAUUGGAUUGGACUUGCACUACUGAAUACUGAUAGACAUAGAAGCAAGAAGAAAAUUAAUAAUUCCCAAUUAAUAAAAAUUGUAAAUGAAUAAGAGAAGAUGGGAAGAUGAUGAUGAUUCGUGUGGAUCAAGUCUUCGUCCUCUUUAGCUUGCCUUAUUGGUAAAGUAUCCGUCUGCAAGCAAACGUAACCGUCACUCCUUUUUUGUUUCCAGCCAUUCGAUUCUCUCAUUAAGAACUUGAUUGUUUGUAGUUUUUAGAUUAGUUUUUGUUUUUUCAAAAUCUAUUUUACACCCAAUCAAGAUUUUCAAAGAAUGGAUUCCCUAAAAUGUAAAGAAACUAGAUUUUUUUAACAUAAAAACCAAAAACAAGUUUUCAUGGGUUUUUGACUAUUUACGUUGGCUUUUGAAUUUUUUUUUUCAGGUCAACUUCUCAAUUACUUGUUGGGCUACACAUUUGAAUUAAUUAACCUAGUCAUUGUUGUGAUCUCAACAAUCACUUGUUUUUAAUUUUGAAUCGAAAAUUAUCUCUGGAAUUUAUUAUUACACCAUUAAAUACUGUCCCCUCCCCAAAAGAAGAAGAAAACGACAUUAUCCUCCCUAGUAAACAAAAACCUUUUAAAACUAAAUAAGAGAUAAGAUCAAAUGUAAAUAUGGAUAAAAUUCAUAAGGUUAGAUAAAAAGUAAAAUUAAUAAGAUUAUAAUUUUUUUUAUAAAUUUGCUGACAUGUACGUGUUGGCAUACUGAUGAGUGUCAAGAAUUAAUAACUUUUUCAGAAGAAUAUAAAGCCAUUAUAUAUUUGCAUAUAUGUUUUCUCAAAAUAUUGUUACCUUAUUUGGUAUAUUUAAAAUUGCACUAUUUAAAGAUAAUAUAAAAAAUAUUUAACUACAUACAUAUACAAUGCUCUUGGUAUAAAAGGGAAACUUUGAUUAUUUUCAUUAUUUAAAAAAAAAAUCUUUGAAUCGAAUAACAAAUAUAUCUUACCCUUAUUUGAUAAAUAUAUUAUUCUUUUUUCUUGUCAACUAUAGAUAUUAUGCUUCAAACCAUUCUAGCAGAGUCCUUUGAUAUUUUUUUUUGAGUGACAAAACCUAUUCAGUAACGUCUUAAAGGGUUUAUUACUGUCAACACUCAAAAAAAAAAAAGAGAAAAAAAUAAUAA